UUUGGAUCCAGGCUUGGAGAAUGAUUCGUGAAGCCGGAAUGGACAAUAAUAGCGUCAUCACGACAUCUUAUUGGUAAACCAUGGAUUCUUAUGAUACACCAGAAUCGACACCUAGACCAAGAGCAUCUUCAAAGCUUAAAGAUUUAUUUGUGGGCGCGACUCCUCUGCAGAAACGAUUAGAAUCAGUCCGGAAGCAGACUUCAUUUGUCCCAACCCCACCUCGAAGGAAAAUUCCCCAUUGUUCACAACUGCAGGAAAAUGUUGAUCCUCAAAAGGUUGCAUUCCUUCUGCAUAAGCAAUGGAGUUUAUACAGUUUAACUCCCUUAUAUAAAUUUUCCUAUAAUAAUCUCAGAGACUAUUCUAGACUUCUGAGUGCAUUUAUUGCUGCUGAAAAGCAAAAAGGACUUGCUGUGGAAGUGGGAGAAGAUUUCAAUUUCAAAGUGAUUUUUUCUACUCUUCUAGGAAUGAAAGGAACUCAGAGAGACCCUGAGGCAUUUCUUGUCCAGAUUUUGUCAAAAUCUCAAUUGCCAUCUGAGAACAGAGAAAAUAAAGUGUUGUGGACUGGUUGGUUCUGCUGUAUAUUUGGAGAUAGUCUUCUGGAAACUGUUUCAGAAGAUUUCACCUGUCUACCUUUAUUCCUUGCAAAUGGAACAGAGUCUAACACAGCUAUAAUUGGAACCUGGUUUCAGAAAACCUUUGACUGUUAUUUCAGUCCUUUAGCAAUCAAUGCAUUUAAUCUUUCCUGGAUGGCUGCUAUGUGGACAGCAUGCAAAAUGGACCAUUAUACAGCUACUACGGAAUUUCUUUGGUCUGUACCCUGUAGUCCUCAAAGUCUGGACAUUUCUUAUGCCAUACAUCCAGAGGAUGCAAAAGCUUUGUGGGAUAGUGUCCACAAAACACCUGGGGAAGUUACCCAGGAGGAAGUUGACUUAUUUAUGGACUGCCUUUAUUCACACUUCCAUAGGCAUUUCAAAAUUCAUUUAUCAGCUACAAGACUGGUUCGUGUAUCAACAUCUGUAGCUUCAGCACAUACUGAUGGAAAAAUAAAGAUUUUGUGUCAUAAAUACCUUAUUGGAGUAUUGGCAUAUUUGACAGAACUGGCAAUUUUUCAAAUUGAAUGAGGCAUGUAUUUUCCUCAGAGUAUAUUUUGAGUUGCUCAGAUGGAAGUCAUGAAGGAUGUGAAAGAACAGAGAAGAUGGUAGUGGAUGAACCACAGCCAGUUGCUCAUGUUAUUGUCAUGACAAUCUGACAGUCUGGGAAAAUGCUGAAU